ACAUACAUAUUAGAGAGAGUGAGAGAGAUAAAUGCUUGAGAGGAAAAUAACUGGCUUUCUGGGUAUCAUAGUUUCCACUGAAUUCUAUAAAAUUUUUCAUUGGUAAGUUGGAUAAUGGCUGGUGUUCAUAGGCUGUCAACUGAAGAAGUCAUGAGGAUAUCAAGAGAAAGGUUCAUCCAUAUUUAUACUCAACAUUACAUUGACCUCUCCACAAUUCACCAUUUCUUUGAUGCCUCUCUUUUUGAUCUUUCUGGUGAAGAGAUCAAAGAUGUGGAACUGGCACUUCUACUUCUAGCUUCUGCUCACAAGGUGAGUAAUCAACAAUUUGAUGCUGCAAGUAAAUUCCUCAACUUGUGUGCUUUCUUGUCUUCUAGAACAGGAAGUUCAGUUCAAAGGGUAAUCCACUAUUUCACCAAAGCUCUACAAGAGAGAAUUUCACGACGAAUCGGGAUUGUCCCUUUAAAUGGAUCAGAGAGUAAAGAAAGAAUGCUAUUGCAUCCAUCACAAACAACAGUGCGUUUUGAUCCUGCGCUUAUUUCGUGCAGCUUAAAGCUUCCUUGUGUUCAACUAACCAAGUUUGCCGGAGUGCAAGCUGUUAUAGAUAAUUUACCCUCAGCCAGAAAAGUACAUUUAAUCAACUUAUCAAUUGGAACUGGAGGGAACUGCACAGUAUUGAUGCAAGCUCUUGCAAAUCGUCAGGAUUGCCCAGUUGAGCUUCUAAAAAUAACUGCUGUUGGAGUAACUGCAUUAAGACAGAAUUUUGAAGACACUGGUAAAAGGUUAGCCUGUUUUGCUGAAACCUUAAAGCUACCAUUCUUCUUCCAAACUGUUACAUUUGUAAACAUCAAGGAUCUCAAAGAAGAUAUGUUCGAAUUAAGUAAUGAUGAAGAAAUUGCAAUUUUCGCCCCCUGUAUAGUAAGAAACAUAAAAGCACAGCCAGGUUGCUUAUCAUCUCUAGUAAGAGUACUAAGAAACUUAAAUCCAUGUGUGCUGGUGAUGAUUGAAUUAGAAGCAAAUCACAGUUCAACAAUAUUCAUAGACCAGUUUGUUGAAGCACUACAGUUCUAUAGUUCAUGUUUUGAUUGUAUUCAGGAUUGUAUUGAUCAGAGUGAAAGCAGGAUUGCAGCAGAAGCAUUUUUAGGACAGGAAAUCAAGAAUAUUGUUGCAGUUAAAUAUGAGGAGAAGAUUUACCAUCACAUGAAGAUUGAUGAAUGGAGGGCUUAUUUUACCAGGCUUGGAUUGGUGGAAAUAGAAGUUAGCAGAUCAUGUUUUGAGCAGGCAGAAUUGAUGCUACAGAAUUUUGCUUCUGGGAAAUCUUGCUUACUUGUCAGAAAUGGCAAAUGCCUUAUUUGUGGCUGGAAGGGAACUUCACAUUUUUCAGUUUCUGCUUGGAAGUUCCACCGAAGACGGUGAAAGAGGAGAUGAACAUCUAAUUCUGUUCUUCAAUUUUAGACCAACAGUUUGAGGCUCUG